CUCUCUUCUUCUUCCACCCAUUUAACCACUACAUUCAUUCCAUUCUGCAACCGACCCCGGCACCUUCUCAUCAGCCUUGAUUCCCUCUUGAGAUUCGACUUUCCCCUUGUUUGAUCUUCGCCGUUUGAUCUUCGUCGAAGCAUAACUAAACAUAUCGCCAUAUCGCCCCUGUCAUUCCUUACCCCUCGGCCAACGGCAAAGCUGCACGAGAGAUACUCGACGAUAUUCCUCUCCCCCCAUCUUGAGCUUUCCCGAUCCUAAGAUCUUAUUCCGCCCAAAUGCUUGUCACUAGCCGGUGCGAUUCGGAUCACAGUUGGCCUUUCAACAAAUACGAUCCAUCUCGGAAGCCAGCCAGUCCCCCACGCAUGUCGAACCCCUAUGGUGCUGCUGGAUUGUCGGCGCAGUCGCAAUGGCAAGGACAGCAUCAAUAUCCCUCCGGCGAUGCGAACGUCUUCCCACACUCCCUUGACUCCAGCAGCAGUGGCCAAGAGGCAGCACAGUUACGCCCGGCAGUUGAAACCGACAGGGACGCAUUAGGAAUUCAUAUCAAGGAAGACUUGAGACUGGCACAGGUUCACAAACUCCCCGGCGUUGACGCGCUGCAAGACACGCAUGCAUCACCAGUUUCCACCCACUCAGAGACCAUGGAUGGAGGACUUGGUUCGAAGAUCGCUGGUUCGGUCCAAGGAAACCCGCACGGUGUUUUCGAGACACAGGGCCAUGGGACACUGUCGUCUCCUAACCUGCCUGGGCAUGGCGACAAUGCACCUUCAGCGAAGAGUGAUGAGGAUGAUGACUUUGACGAGGAUGACAUUUUGGAUGGCGAGGGGGACCUUUCUUCACAGACCGCGGCUGAGCGGACUGCCGCUCGUCGAAAGAUGAAGCGGUUCAGGCUCACCCAUCAGCAGACUCGGUUCCUAAUGAGCGAGUUUGCUAAGCAGCCACACCCCGAUGCUGCUCAUCGAGAGCGCCUCUCGAGGGAGAUUCCUGGCCUGAGUCCUCGACAGGUCCAAGUCUGGUUCCAGAACAGGCGUGCCAAGAUCAAGCGUCUCAACGCCGACGACCGCGAUCGAAUGAUAAAGAUGAGAGCUGUUCCCGAUGACUUCGACAACGUUCAAGCGCUUCAUUCGCCGUACGGCGCAGUGCACGGGCUAGGAACGCCCAUGCCCUCCCCAGGAGAUCUUGGAACUCAGUCCUACGCUCAACACAUGAUCAGGCCUUUGGUAGUGGAUGUGCGGAGAGGAGCACCGAGUGAUCACUCAUCUCCUACUGGUCUGACACCGGGAUUUGGAGGCCUUGGGUUUAACCCAGCUGCAGGGAUGAGCAACACUGACCUGAUGUCACCGAUUUCACCAGCCCCAAACGAUCGAUACCCUUACGGAAGCCACUUCUCGGCCCCUAUGAACGGUGGUGCAAGGACUUUGAACCCGUAUGGGGGACAUGGUGGCCUAGAAUCGUCCAUUGACUCUACCAGACAGAGUCCGCCGCAUCCUCUUCAGCCCUCUCAGCUUCGAGAUUCCAUCUCCCGUUCCAGGUCUGAGUCCGCGCAAUCACCUUUGCGCUCAAGCAUGGCCUGGAAAGGUGAUGCCAUCGACUAUGCGAACUAUCGAGGAGCCAACACAAGUCCGAGUAUGAGUGAUCGGAAUCAAUCCAUGUACCAACCCGGACAUAUGGGGUCUUAUGAUUCGGCAUCCUUCCCCAGUAGGAACUCCCCAACCAGCAGUCGAAUUCAGGGCUAAUACUUGUACUUCAGAUAAUUCGACUCAGCAGCCAACGAGCAUGAGCUACUCUACGAUGCCCUCUCCACUUAGCCGAUCUCGACUUCGAGCAGCGACGGCAACACUGCCCCUGAGCGUCGAUCCCCGGGACCACUAUCGCAAUACUG